AUGGUGAGAAAAUUGAGCGGUUUACAAAGAGAGGUAGUCCAUCUUUAUAGAAGUUGCAUUCGAAUGGCACAUACAAAACCCAUUGAAAAUAGACCACAUUUUAUAAAGUAUAUACAUUCGGAAUUUGGUAAAUAUAAAGAUAUACCAAGAAAAGAUUUUACCACUAUUGAACAUCUUUUAAGAAUUGGUUCUAAAAAAUUACAAGAAUUUUCGAAAAAUGAGGUGAAGGAUAUAAGGUAA